CUGGUCUACUCUAUUUGGUGUUCUCUAAGCUUCUUGUGCAUUUAUAGACAUUUCCUUCUGUAAGUUAGAGAAAUUUUCUUCUAUGAUUUGUGUCAAAGAUAUUUUCUGGACCUUUGUAUUGAGAGUUUUCUCCAUUUCUAUUAUUCUUACAUUUGGUAUUUUUCGUAGUGUCCAAAAUUUCUUGGAUAUUUUGUGCCAGAAAGUUUUUAGCUUUAGCAUUUUCUUUGACUGAUGUAUCAUUUUCUUCUAUGAUAUCUUCUAUGCCUGAGAUUCUCACUUCAAUCUCUUGUAUCCUGACAGUAAUGCUUGUGUCUAUAGUUCCUGUCUUCUUUCCAGGGUUUUCAUCUCUAGGAUUGCCUCAGAUUGUGGGGGUUUUUUAUUGCUUUUAUUUUCAUUUUCAAGUUUUGUACAGUUUUAUUCAUUACUUUCAUCUGUUUUAUUUUAGUUUUGUGUAUUUGUUUAAUUGGUUUAUUCAUUUCCUCUUUAAAGGCCUUUAUCAUCUUCAUAAGAUUAGAUUUAAGCCCAUUUUCUUGUAAUUCAGUUGUGGUAAGAUAUUCUGUGCUUGCUGUAGUAGGAGAUGUGGGUUCUAGGAUUGCCAUAUUGCUGUGAUUUUUGUUGAUUGUUUUCUUAUGCUCUGGUCUUUAGCCAUCUGGUUGUUCCUAGUGCUGGCAUGCCUAGUAGUCCCUGAUAGGAGUAGGCCUCUGGGAUUACAGGUAGAGCUUGUUGUCCUUGGUGAUAGCAGGCUUCCAAGGAUUCAGGCAGGGCUGGUAGACCCUUUUGGUUUCAGGCUGCUAGUUGUCCUGGGUAAUAGCAGGUCUCCAGGAAUCCUGGUAGACCUGGUAGUCCCUGAAGAUUUCAGGCCUCUGUCCUGGUCAGCAACAGGCCUCCAGGGAUUUAAGUUGUGGCCUGGGAAAUGAAACACAAAUAGGGCAGGGUGGAGCUUUCUACUGCUGGGUUUGCUUAGUGUGGCUGGCAGGUAGGGAAAUCACGUACCACCCACCUAGUCUCACCUAGUGGCCCAUGAUGGCUAUGGGUGUCUGGGUUGUGAUUCGAGUUGUAGAACUUAAGAUGGAACACAAACAUGCCAGGGAAGACCUCACAGCUUCUGGGCUUGCUGUGGAUACAGCAAGCAGAAGUCUGGGUCUUGGGAACUCACCUGGUUGUCCCUGGAAGCAGCAGGCUUCUAGAGAGGAGCUGUCUCAUUAAGAGUUCCUAAUUGCUCUCUCCAGAUUCUUUGCUGGAAUAUUUCAACCUAACAUAUAUGCUAGAUAAUCAGUAGAUUCUCUUCUCUACAUUUUUAUAGGAGCAAAUCAUCAUCUCCAAUGUAGCAAAAUUCUCUUUACUUCAUCAAACUUUUUUCCCUAAGUUAUCUGAUUCAGUCCACAAACUAUUAUCCAUAUAAUGAUAAAUUAUGGAAUGAGGAAACUGUUUAAGAAUUAUUUUUAAAGGCUGUUGUUGGUACCAAGACCUGCGAGGCCUGUGACGUCAUAUAGGCAACAAUUAGAACUAUAGGCCUGUUGCCAAGGCAACAGCUGCCAUAUACCCAGAAUUCAAUGGCCCACCUUUACCUGUAAUUUACAUCAUCACCCGUAUAUAACUAGGUAGUGUUUCUCCCCCCCCCCCCGUUUCUUUCCUUCCUUCUUCCCACCCACUACCCCUUUCCCCAUCUUAAAGUCCCACGUGGAACUGUUUAGCCUGGUGUAUCUCAUUGCAGCCCACAUCUCCACCGCAUCCCCGCGGCCCAAGCGGUGGGCAGACAGGUGAUCUGUGCUGCAGUGUAGGCAGAUGGACCUGCGUAGAAAAACCAACAUUUUGGCGAGCCCAGCCAGGAGAUCCUGCCUACAACUGCUAUGAACAGGACUGAAGACACCCCCGCAGUUAUCACCUCCACAGCUGUCCCCCUCCCCCCACCAUCGCUUCUGCUGCCAGUCGUAGUCGCCACUGCUAGUGGACUUUGCAACCUGGGACUCACGGGCUUCAUCACGUGAGCUGUGUGCUACGGCUUUCCACAUGGGUUGUUUCUGGGACACCCGACCAAACAGUUCCACACUCCCGGCUAUCGGAUUGCACAUCUUUAACAAAUACGCAGCGGCUUAUCAGUAAGGUGCUUCGGUUGGCUGGAGGGAAUCUUAGCUGCAGAAGGGAUCUGGCCAACCUUUCCAGAGCCAAGAUUUGCCUCUCCAGCUAACAUUUGUGAUAGGACAUUUAAGCCCCGGGUGUACCCCAGUCCAGUAACCCUAAAAUCUCCCAUUAGCUUUUACAGCUGCAGACAAAGUCCUGGCCCAGGCGGGGCACUUCCUCUGGCGUUCUGAGAACGCCUCAGCUCCUAAAGGCCUUCGAGACAGCCUAGGCCCUUUAGAUUAGCUACAUUUUGUUGUUGUUACUCUACCAGAAUGCUGGAUUUGUAUCUAACAACAUUCCUACUUUCCCACCCACCCGAUGGGCAAUAAAUUGUCUUCUUCAGUAACUCCAGGCACCCUACUGGGAUGUCUUCUGGAAAAUCUCAAGUCUCUGAAACUAACACACAAUUUGAGGAGGUCAAAACUAAUAAACCUCUGUAAUAAGGUCUGGAUUCAAUAUAAGUUAGACAAUAAUUCCAAAUGGCCACCUAAUGGAACCCUAGAUCCAAUUGUUUUAAGGGAUCUUAAUACAUACUGUCAGCAAUCCGGUAAAUGGGACCAAGUUCUAUAUGUUCAGGCUUUUAUCUAUCUCUGCUCUAAGCCUUCUCUCUGCUCUGCCUGCUCCCUAUCACAGCUUCUCCUAGCCAUGAAACCUGCUCACCCUCCGCUAGAUGGUGCUACUUUUGAUCCCGCUGACGAGCCACCACCCACCCGUGCCAGGUCUUUUGGGACUGCGAAAUCCCAAACUGCAGCCUCGGUCUCUUCUUCUCACCAGGUCCUGGACUCUACCAACCCGACCUCCCCAGAUCCCUCUUCUCCCUCUGUGCCAGCUACAGGUUACUCCAAACGCCCUGAACUGGCGCCAACCUUUACCCCUCCGAUUGCACGUUCUAAGGCUACAGCCAAACCCCCAAGUUCUUCUCCUCUGAGGACACCUGACCCAGCGCCAGUCCUUCCUCUGAGGGAAGUGGCUGGAAUUGAUGGUCUGGUUAGAGUACAUGUUCCUUUCUCGUUGAAGGAACUUUCUCAAAUAGAAAGUAGACUGGGUUCUUAUACUUCUAACUCCUCUAACUUUAUUAAAGAGUUUCAGUACAUUACUCAAUCUUACAGCUUAACUUUCCAUGAUAUUCAUAUGAUUCUUACUAACAAUUUACUUCCUGAUGAAUGCAGGCAAGUUUGGGAAGAGGCAAGAAUGCAUGCAGACGAAAUUCACCAGACAGACAAAAGCUAUCCAAUUAGAUCUGAGACAGUGCCUGACCAGGACCCUCAGUGGAAUUACAAUUCCACAGAUGGUAUUUUAGCCAGAGACGGGUUUGUUACAUGCCUUCUGGCUGGUCUCAGAAAGGCAGCCUUAAAGCCAAUAAAUUUUGAAAAACUCCAAGAGGUUGUCCAAGACAAACAGGAAACCCCAUCUCAGUUUUUAGAACGCCUGACAAAGGCUUUGUUACAAUACACUAAUCUAGAUCCCCAAAAUCCCGAAGGUAAGCAACUUUUAAUGACUUAUUUCUUUUCCCAGAGCUACCCCGACAUAAGAGCUAAACUUAGGCACUUGGAGAGGGGACCCCUAACUCCACAGGUGGAAGGCUUGGCACUGGCCUUCAAGGUAUGCGCUGGUCUUCAUGGGAGAGAUGAAAAAGCCCAAAAACAAAAGUACCACAUGCUGGCAAAAGCUGUCCGACCAGCUCCAGCUACCACCCCAGGCCCCUGGCCUUCCAAGGCUCAGGUACCACAAGUUCCCUGCUAUAGAUGUGGUCAACAAGGUCACUGGGCAAAGAUUUGCCCCACCCCCCCGCAAGCCAAAAGGACCAUGUCCUAGGUGUCAUCGUGAGGGACAUUGGGCCGUCGAUUGCCCUCGUGUGGCGCAGAACAGAGGGCCAUCCCUUCCAGAAACCCCUCCAACUGACCUCCUAGGCUUGGCUAUGGACGAAUGAAGGGGCCGGAGCUCCUUCGACCCAACCUCGCCCAUCACCAGCAGAGAGCCCAGGUGGACCCCAGAGUUUGGGAUGUCCAGAACCCCUCUGUUGCUAGACAUCAUUCUCCUGUUGUCAUCCAGUUACUGGACCCUACCAGAACCGUGCUCUAUUAAGCUCUGGAGGACAUCGAGACCAUCCACCUUGUCCCCAAUUCCAGAACAUGAGACUCCACUCCGGCAGCUGAGCUCGAUCUCAUUGGAUUAGACAUGGGUUUCUUGUCCUACCCCUGCUGUUCUUCGUUUCCAUCCAGGGCAGUCCUUACAUCUGGAGAUUCGAGGUUCAAGAAACCCCCACAGAUAACAAACAGUCUUUCCAAAUAGGGUCAUGAAACUGCUCCAUAGCCAGAUGCUAGGAACCAAUCCAAAUUGCAAUCAUCCCUGUAUCUGUUAUCCCAUCUAAGUUUUAUGAUCUCUAUACUUGCUUUCUCUUUGACCAGACAGAAGAUUACUGUAAAAAAUGGCCAGAUGAAUAUGGGGGCUGCCCAUAUUGGUCUUGUCAGAUACAUAGGCUAGGAUCACAGGUCAAUCAUUUCUUCUAUCAACACCGCAACACACUUUUCUUCUACAUACAAGACCCAUGGGAUCCCAGGUGGGAGACAGGAGUUGUUGGUAAGCUCUAUCGUAAAAACCAGCCCAGUUCCCCAGUAAGUACCAUCCAUAUUCAGAGAAAAUAUAUCUCAAUUGCCCAACCCCUAGAUAUUGGAAAAGUAGGGGAGAUAAUUAAACACUCCUCUGAGGUCCUUGAUUCUUUGACAGCACCCCUCAUAAAUGGCACUAACUUGUCAUUUUGCCUGUUGCUUCAAACCCUGACCUCAGCAUACCAGCUCCUUAAUGUCACCAGGCCUGGUUGCUUUAAAGAUUGUUGGUUAUGUGUACCUCCAGGAAUUGACUCAAAACUGUCACUUACAGCUUCUCCAGUGAUACUGCCAAAUAACCUUAUCUCACCUUUUGUUAGCUGUUCUGACUCCAAUGUCACCAUGACUCCGUACCUUACCUCUGUCCCUCUCUUUGGCAUGGCAAACUGUUUUACGACCUCUGGGACACUUCUGUAGGAACACUAAGCUCCCUAGACUGUAAUAAAACUGUAAGCCUUGAUAUAUCAUCUCUGCCACAAUGCCCUGCAAUCCAGAACACGUCAAUUCUUUGUGGCACUCAGGUAUAUCAUCGUCUACCUGACAGCUGGUCAGGAGUUUGCACGUUGGUACUCCUUUUCCCUAAACUGGGAAUAAUCCAAGGAAAUGAGCCCCUGCCAAACCCGGUUGUAGAUAUGAUAGCUGCUCGACAUGAGAAGGCAGUUCAGAUCGUGCCACUCUUGGUCGCUACAGGAAUAGCCAUAGGUGUUGGUACUGGUGUGGCAGGAAUAACGACUUCUCUGGCCCAAUACAAUACAUUCACUUCCCAGUUUAAAAGCGAUCUCCAGGGAAUGACUGAAACUGUGCUUACUAUCCAGAAGCAGAUCAAUUCUUUGGCAGCUGUGGUCCUUCAGAACCAACGGAGCCUAGAUGUCCUGAUAGCUAAAGAAGGUGGUCUUUGCCUAUUCCUCCAAGAAGAAUGCUAUUUCUAUGUCAACCAAUCCGGGACAGUGAGAAACAAAAUCCAGGAGCUUCAGUCAGACAUAAAGAACUUCAGAGAUCCUUCUGUUACAGAAUUACCAGCCGCUGCCCACGGAAGAGCCGCUGUCUGCAGAGAAUGCAAUGACCUAUGAUGAUGUGCAUGUGAAUUUCACUUGGGAAGAGUGGGCUUUGCUGAAUCCUUCCCAGAAGAGUCUCUACAAAGAUGUGAUGCAGGAGACCUAUGAGAACCUCACUGCUAUAGGCUACAAUUGGGAAGACCAUUAUAUUGAAGAACAAUUUCAAAGUUCUAGAAGAGAUGGAAGGCAUAAAAGAGGUCGUACUGGAGAUAAACCCUAUGAAUGUAAUCAUUGUGGUACAGCUUUUGCAAGGCAUGGUCACCUUCAAAGGCAUAAAGGAACACAUACUGGAGAGAAACUUUAUGAAUGUAAUCGAUGUGGGAAAGCCUUUGCAUGGAGCUGUCAUCUCCGAAUACAUAAAAGAACACAUAUUGGAGAGAAACCUUAUGAAUGUGAUCAAUGUGGUACAGCUUUUGUAAGUCACUGUCGUCUUCAAAGACAUAAAAGAACACAUACUGGAGAGAAACCUUAUGAAUGUAAUCAAUGUGGUAAAGCCUUCUCACAACACAGUACUCUACAAGUUCAUAAAAGAAUUCAUACUGGAGAGAAACCCUAUGAAUGUAAACAAUGUGGUAAAGCCUUUACACGUCACAGUCAUCUCCAAAGACAUAAAAGAACACAUACUGGAGAGAAGCCUUAUAUAUGUAAUCAAUGUGGUAAAGCUUUUGCUUAUCAAAAUAGUCUCCAGUAUCAUAAAAGAACACAUAUUGGAGAGAAAUCUUAUAAAUGUAAGCAAUGUGGUAAAGUCUUUGCAUGCCGUAGUCAUCUUCAAAUACAUAAAAGAACACAUGCUGAACAAAAAAGCUAUGUAUGUAACCAAUGUGGUAAAUCCUUUGCUUUUCACAGUCAUUUCCAAAGACAUAAAAGACAUAUUGGAGAUAAACCUUAUGAAUGUAAUCACUGUGAUAAAGCCUUUGCAAGUCACAAUAAUCUUCAAAAACAUAUAAGAAGACAUACUGGAGACAAACCUUAUGAAUGUAAUCUAUGUGAUAAAGCCUAUGCACAUCACAGUCAUCUCCAAACACAUAAAAGAAUGCAUAUUGGAGAGAAACCCUACAAAUGUAAUCAAUGUGAUAAAGUGUUUUCACAACAAUGUUCUCUACAAGUCCAUAAAAGAAUACAUACUGGAGAGAAACCCUAUGAAUGUAACCAAUGUGGUAAAGCCUUUACAUGUCACAGAUAUCUCCAAAGGCAUAAAAGAACACAUACUGGAGAGAAACCCUAUGAUUGUAACCAAUAUGGUAAAAUAUUUGUGCAACAUACUACUCUCCAAAACAUAAAAAAGUACAUAGUUGAGAGAAACUCUAUGAAUAUAAUGUGUGGUAAAACCUUUGCAGGUCAAAGUCAUUUUCAAAAGCAUGAAAAAAAUCAUACUGGAGAGAAACCUCAUGAAAGUAUUUAAUAUGGUGAAGCCUUUGCACAUUUCUAUAGUCUUCAUCAUCAUGAAAGUAUUCCUACUGGAGAGAAAUUCUACGAAUGUAAGCAGUGUGGUAAAGCCUUUGUGUUAUGGGUCCAUUUAGAUCCACACAAGUCAAACACCAGAUCAAUGCAAAUGACAAAAAUUAAUUGUAAUAAAGCUGCUACUGAUUAAUCAGGGCCUUAGAACAUAUUCUGGAGGUGAAAUACAACCCAUGUUACAGAGCUUUUAAGCUUGAAAAUCACAAACAUCUGUGCUAAGUUACAGCUACAUUUUUCUGCCAAUCAGCAUUUAGGGAUAGCAGCUUUUCUUAUGUGAUUGCUCUAUGUCAAUGGAUACAGAAUGCAUGUUUUACACUCUAAUUAAUCAUAUCAAUUUGUUCUUUUGUAUUUAGAAAUAGUCAUUAUGUUUGGGGGAUCAAAAGAUGUCAACAGAUGCUGUUGUUAGUAACAGUCAUGUUUUAGGGAAUAGAAGCCAUGGUUAGCUUGAGGUGCUAUGGAUAUGUAUAUAUUAUUUGAUGUUGAUUGCUUUUUUAUGUUCAUAUUAUCUACCAUUUGACAGUUCCUCUAAAAACUACUGCCUUCUGAGGGAAUUAUCUCAAGAUUGUAAUGUAACAGCAAUGAUAAUGUAACAGCAAUAAGAUUUAUUAAUUUUUUCUGUUGUGUGUGUGUGUAAUGUAAUUAUUGGUUUUCUAUGUUGGAUAGAUUGGAGACUGGAAAACAACUUUCUACUUUGACCAUCUUUCUAUGGUGAUAAAGGUCAGGUUUCCAGUUUUGCACACCACAGAAAUUUUCCACCACAGAAAUUUUCCACUGAAUUGUCUCACUGAGGUUCAAACAAGAUGAAUAAAAUAUUGUCUUCUUUUCAAAUUGUAAACAUAUUGUCAUCUAAGGAUCGAGGAAAACAGGAUGAUCUUAAUAAUAAAUCCUCUUUGCAAAUGAAAAUGA